AUGUGGCUGCCCUCAGUUCUUCUCCUUCUCUGCCUCCCAGGCUCUCUGUCGCUGAUAGGCCCCGGCUCUGUGGCGGGCACCGCGGGGAGCUCUCUGCGUAUCCGGUGUCAGUACGAGAAGGUGUACAAGGGGCAUAACAAAUACUGGUGCCGAGGAAAGUAUGGCAUAGCGUGUCGCAAGAUUGUAGAGACCAAAGGAGAGGAGAAAGAAAAGAGGAACGGCCGCGUGUCCAUCAGAGACCACACGGAUAACCUGACCUUCACAGUGACCUUGGAGAACCUCAACAUAAACGACACUGGAUCCUACUGGUGUCGAAUUCAGACUGUCUGGAUCCUGGACGUGUUGUCCUUGGACCCCUCGGUCCAGGUUGAGGUGUCUGUUUCCCCAGCGCCAAGGACCAACCCAGGGAGCAUCGCCUGUCCGGCUGUACCGGCUACCUUCCCGACAGUGAGUGAUGGACAGAACCUCAGCAUCAAGGAGAUGUCGAGCCACUGCCCAGGGUCCUGGCUCAGCAAUGUCCACUUCCUGCUCCUGGUCUUCCUGAAGCUGCCCCUGUUCCUGGGCAUGGUCGGGGCUGUCCUCUGGGUGAACAGACCUCAGAGGCGCCCUGGAGGAAGAGAGAGACAGCUUGACCAGCGAGCCCAGCUCAUUGACCCCUGGGCUGCCCCAGACUGCUCAGCCACGGCACAGCACACAGCAGGCCCCAAGCAGGGGCACCUUCACGAAGGUCAAGAGCACCACGCGGAUGUUGCAGAGGAGGAUGCUUACGAGGCACAGUGCCAGGACCCCCCUAUCCCCGCAGUGUACCCCCCCGCCCCCCGCAGCAUGCCUGCCUUGGUCUCUGCCUCCAUCUGCCCUGAGCGUGCUCUCCCACCCCGGGUCAUAGUGACACUCGAUGGUCACCAGACCACCUUCGGGGCUGCUCACCGACACCAUGGAUGCAGAAGCAGCCUGGAAAACAGGAACCCCACUUGCAUCUCCUCCUUCCUGCAGCCCUGGGUGGGCCUGGGCGCUGCUCCGGGCUUCGGCACCUUCCUCGGGGCCUGA